AUGAGUAAUACAUCAUGGGGUAUUCUUAUUGGAUUAGAGUCAACAACACCUAAUAUUUUAUUAAAAGAAGAAGUAGAAAAUGUUGGAAGAGAAAGGAUAGAUAAAACCAAAUGUAUUAUAAGUAGUAAUCAUUUUAAUAUUACAAGAAGACAACCAAAUAAUGAAAGUCAAUGUUUUAUACUAACUGAUACAUCUUCAAAUGGAACGUUUAUUAAUGACGGAAAUAAAAGAUUAGAAAAAAGAAGUGAAACAGUUAUAAAUUCCUUUGAUGUUAUUUAUGUUGUUAAAGUUAAUCAACAAGAAAAUAUAAUAGUAGAACCUGUUUCAUUUUUAUUUGUUGACACAUUAACAUUUAAUGUAAUUAAUUCAAAAACACAAUUAUUUGAAAAAUAUAGUUUUGGUAAAUUGUUAGGAUGUGGUAGUUUUGGAAAGGUGUUUCAAGUAAUAACCAAAAACCAAAAAUCACAGAAAAGAGCACUUAAAAUUAUUCCUAUUAAAAAUGAAAUUCAAAUGAUUAAAAAUGAAAGAGAAUUUGAAAUAACAAAACAUAUUAAACAUCCAAAUAUUGUAGAAGUAAUUGAUAUGAUGGAAUCUGAACAUUGGUCAUUUAUUAUAAUGGAAUUAAUUGAAACAGGUUGUUUACUUGAUUAUCUUUAUAAACACCAACUUACAAACACACAACUUAAAAACAUUAUGAAAGAUGUUUUAGAAGCUAUUUCUUUUCUUCAUAAAAAUUUUAUUGUUCAUCGUGAUAUUAAACUAGAAAAUGUUCUUAUUGAACAACAAGGAUUAUCAAUAAUAGCUAAAUUAACAGAUUUUGGAUUAGGAAGAAUUGUUGGAAAAGAUUUUCAGGCUGAAACAUUAUGUGGUACUCGUCAAUAUGUUUCACCAGAAAUUUAUAAACGUGUUAUUUAUAAACAAAAAAUUAAUAAAGAAACUCAACAAGAAAUGGAAGAAAGUCUUAAACGUAAACUCAGUUAUGAUGCAUCAAAAUCUGAUAUUUGGGCAUGUGGUAUAAUGUUUUAUGAAAUGAUAUUAAGAAGAUCACCAUUUGAUGGAAUGUUAAAUGAAAAUGAUAAGACAUUAGGAUAUAAAAGAAUUAAACUAAUUUUAAAUGCUGACUUUAAUAAAGAUGAUAAAUAUUUUAGUCUCUCACAAGAGAUUAGAGAUCUUUUAGAAAAUAUGAUUGUGGCUGAUCCUCAUAAAAGACUUUCUGCUGAAGAAUGUCUUCAACUGGAAUACUUUACAGGAAGAACUAUUACUCCUCCAACUCUUAUUCCAAAUAAAAUAGAAACUCCUCCUCAUUGA